AUGGAGAACAUCGCGCUGGCUCAGGAAGCUAUGCGUGACCUCAACAAAAAGGUUAGGGGAGGAAACACAAUCGUUAAGUUGGAUUUAGAGAAAGCUUAUGAUAAGGUGAAUUGGCAGUUUCUCAAAAAUGUGUUGGUUAGUCAAGGCCUUCUCAAGAAGCUUCAAAAACCUGGUUGUGCAGGGUGGGUGCCUGCCCUUCAAGCAGAAAAGGGGAGCCCUCGUCUCACGCAUUUGUUAUUCGCUGACAACACCCUGUUAUUUGUGAACGGCUAUCUGCAAGCAGAAUUUGAAGCACAGAAAGAUUUCUGGGCUUCAGCAAGGCCCCUAGCGUCCUCAAGUACCUAG